AUGGAGACUGCGCUUGCAAAAACGCACCAGAAAAGGCAAGUUGUCUUUCUUGCUAUAUUGUUGGUUUUGUGCGAGGCUGACGCUGAGACAAUCAAGUAUUCCAUGCCAGAAGAAAUAAUAAGUGGCUCCUUUGUGGCCAACCUGGCAAAAGACCUGGGUCUCAGGGUGGGGGAACUGGCCACUCGGGGCGCCAGAAUCCAUUACAAAGGGAGCAAACCGCUCUUGCAGCUCGAUGUAAGGAGCGGGGAUUUGCUUCUUAAUGAAAAAUUAGACCGGGAGGUGCUAUGCGGGGCGACAGAAUCGUGUGUACUGAACUUUCAAGUAUUAUUAGAAAACCCAGUGCAGUUUGUUCAAGUUGAACUGCAGCUCAGAGAUGUAAAUGACCAUUCCCCAGAGUUCCUGGAGAGUGAAAUGCUCCUAAAAAUCCCAGAGAGCGUCCAGCCAGGGACAGUGUUUCCUUUGAAAACAGCUCAAGACUCUGACAUAGGAAGCAACACUGUUCAGAACUACACAAUUCUCCCCAACGCCCAUUUUCAUGUUCUCACACAUAACCGCGAAGAUGGCAGAAAAUACCCAGAGCUGGUGCUGGACAAAGCUCUGGAUCGAGAGGAGCAACCUGAACUUAGUUUAACCCUCAUAGCUCUGGAUGGUGGAGUACCAUCCAGGUCCGGGACCACUACAAUUCGCAUUGAAGUCGUGGAUACCAACGACAACGCUCCAGAGUUUUUACAGUCACUCUAUAAAGUACAAAUCCCAGAAGACAGCCCACUUAAAUCCUUAGUUGUCACUGUCUCCUCCCAAGAUUUAGACUCAGGAAUAUAUGGGAGUGUAACCUACACCCUCUUCCAAGGUGAUGAAGCUGCACAACCAUUUGUAAUAGAUGCCAUUACAGGAGAAAUUCGUCUGCAAAGGAUAUUGGAUUUUGAGACAACUCGAUAUUAUAACGUGGAAAUCGUAGCCACAGAUGGUGGAGGGCUUUCAGGAAAAUGCACUGUAGCUAUAGAGGUGCUAGAUGUGAACGACAACGCCCCUGAACUGACCAUGUCAACGCUCACCAGUCCCACUCCAGAAAACGCACCGGAAACCGUCGUAGCUGUUUUCAGUGUUUCAGAUUCAGAUUCUGGGGACAAUGGAAGGAUGAUUUGUUCCAUCCAGGACGACAUUCCGUUUCUCCUGAAACCCACAUUCAAGAACUUUUACAUGUUAGUGACAGAAAAGCCACUGGACAGAGAGAGCAAAGCUGAGUACAACAUCACCAUCACCGUUACCGACUUGGGCACCCCCAGGCUGAAAACCGAGCACAAGAUAACCGUGCUGGUCUCCGACGUGAAUGACAACGCGCCCGCCUUCUCUCAAGCCUCCUACACCCUGUUCAUCCGCGAGAACAACAGCCCCGCCCUGCACAUGGGCACCAUCAGCGCCACAGACAGAGACUCAGGAGCCAACGCCCAGGUCACCUACUCGCUGCUGCCUCCCCACGACCCACACCUGGCCCUGGCCUCCCUGGUGUCCAUCAACGCGGACAAUGGCCACCUGUUCGCGGUGAGGUCGCUGGACUACGAGGCCCUGCGAGCCUUCGAGUUCCGCGUGGGCGCCACGGACGCGGGCUCCCCCGCACUGAGCAGCGAGGCGCUGGUGCGCGUGGUGGUCAUGGACGACAAUGACAUGUUCAGCGUGUGGGCGCACAAUGGCGAGGUGCGCACGGCCAGAGUGCUGAGUGAGCGCGAGGCGCCCAAGCACAGGCUCCUGGUGCUGGUCAAGGACAAUGGGGAGCCGCCCCUGUCUGUCACCGUCACGCUGCACGUGCUCCUGGUGGAUGGCUUCUCUCAGCCCUACCUGCCUCUGCCUGAGGUGGCCCCUGAGGAGCCCCACGCUGACUCCCUCACGGUCUACUUGGUCAUCGCUCUGGCCUCGGUCUCCUCGCUCUUCCUCUUCUCUGUGCUCCUGUUUGUUGUCAUGCGGUUGUGCAACAGGAACAGGGCUGCGUCUGUGAAUCGCUAUUCGUUGCCGGAGGGCUACUUUCCAGACCACUUGGUGGACGUCAGCAACACCGGAACCCUGUCCCAUAGCUACAAGUAUGAGAUAUGUCUGACAGGAGUCUCUGGGGCAAAUGACUUCAAAUUUCUGAAGCCUAUUAUCCCCAAUCUCCCACCCCAGGGCACUAGCGAAGAAAUUGAUAAAAACACCACACUCCAUAAUAGCUUUGGAUUCAACUAG